AUAUGUAGGGCUAGGCCUAUUAAAGUGUCUGAAGGGAUGGACUAGGCUAUUACCUUUUUAAUGCGUUUGUUAUAAUUGGUCUGCUUGUAAUUGUGCAGUAAGCUGUAUUUAAGUUGUUGCAUUUUUGGUCAUGUGAGAUCAGUGGUCCUGAUGCGAGCAUCACUUCACUGUCACAGCAUCAGAGCACAAGCCACGCCCCCUUGCUAUUCUCAAGCUUUUGCCGAGCACGCAGCAUCAUACUGCACACCUGCCUCCCCCGGUUGCGCAUGGAGUGGACAAAAGAGCAAAACUGUCAGGACAUCCCAACAUCCCAAAACAUUUCCGUCGUUUUAUGAUCAACAAAAUCAGUUUUGCUUAUAGGUUUUCUGCUCUGCAGAAUCUUUUUCGCUUUGCAUUCUGUGUUUUGGAUACUGCACGGCUCACGGGAAGGUGCGAAACUGCGCAUCUGUCAUGCAGCCAAGUCAAACGGCGCCUUUGGACUACUUAAUCCCAGCUGUCUACUAAUCUGUUUUAAAACCAGUAUCUGCGAUCAUUUUUUUACGCGCCUAUUAACGCACGGGGACCGGCACAAGAAAACGACCUCCUUUUAAACACUUUCCACACCACACAAUGGCUGAAACCGGCGCAGAAUGCAACAUCAAGGUGCUGUGCCGUUUUCGCCCCUUGAACCAGUAUGAAAUCCUUCGUGGAGACAAAUUUCUCCCAGUAUUUCAGGGGGAUGACACUGUCAUCAUGGGGGGGAAAUCUUUUGUAUUUGACCGAGUCUUUCCCACCAGUACCACACAAGAGCAGGUCUACAGCAGUUGUGCCAAACAAAUUGUUAAAGAUGUGCUGGAUGGAUACAAUGGUACCAUCUUUGCAUAUGGACAAACAUCCUCUGGCAAAACCCACACCAUGGAGGGAAAGCUCCAUGAUCCCGACAACAUGGGUAUUAUUCCGAGGAUCACUGAUGACAUCUUCAACUAUAUCUUUGCAAUGGAUGAAAACUUGGAAUUUCACAUCAAGGUUUCAUAUUUUGAAAUCUACAUGGAUAAAAUCCGAGACCUUCUUGAUGUGAGUAAGACAAACCUGUCAGUGCAUGAAGACAAGAACAGGGUCCCAUAUGUCAAGGGUUGUACAGAACGCUUUGUCUCCAGUCCUGAGGAAGUGAUGGAUAUAAUUGAUGAAGGGAAAUCUAACCGCCAUGUGGCGGUUACCAAUAUGAAUGAACACAGCUCCAGGAGUCAUAGCAUCUUCCUCAUAAAUAUCAAACAAGAGCAUGUGGAGACAGAGCAGAAACUCAUUGGCAAACUCUACCUGGUGGACUUAGCUGGGAGUGAAAAGGUGAGCAAGACAGGUGCAGAAGGGUCUGUCCUGGAUGAGGCCAAAAAUAUCAACAAAUCUCUUUCUGCGCUGGGCAAUGUGAUAUCAGCGCUGGCUGAGGGAACGAAGACCCACGUACCUUACAGAGACAGUAAGAUGACCCGAAUUCUCCAGGACUCAUUAGGUGGAAACUGCAGAACCACCAUGUUUAUCUGCUGUUCGCCUUCCUCUUACAAUGAAGCUGAGACCAAAUCCACACUCAUGUUUGGACAACGUGCUAAAACCAUAAGGAACACAGUAUCAGUGAAUCUGGAGCUGACAGCAGAGCAGUACAGGAGGAAAUACGAGAAGGAGAAGGAAAAGAACAAGAGUCUGAAGGAAAGCAUUCAGAGACUGGAGGCUGAACUUAAUCGCUGGCGUAAUGGUAAGGCCUUUACAAAGUCAUGUUCAGCACUGCGAGAGGCGGUUCCUGAGGUGGAGCAGGACAGUGUAUGUGUUGUGGAGUCUGAGCUUAGUGCAGAAGCUGUUUUAGAUGACAGCUGCAGUGCUCCAUCCUCAGUUCCCCUCACGGUUACAGAAGAGGAGUUGUGCAAACUUUACAAACGGCUAGAUGACAAGGAUGAUGAGAUUAACUUGCAGAGUCAGCUGGUGGAAAAACUGAAGAAGCAGAUGCUGGAUCAGGAGGAGUUUUUGGCGUCGUCAUGUGCAGACAGCAAGCGGGUCCAGUGUGAGCUGGGUCACCUUCAGGCUGAGAGUGAAAGUGCUAAAGCAGAAGUGAAGGACGUUUUGCAGGCUCUGGAGGAACUGGCUCUCAGCUAUGACCAGAAGAGUCGUGAGGCCCAAGACAAGAGUAUGGAGAACAAAUUGCUCACCCAAGAGCUUGCCCAGAAAAUGACAGAUUUGAUGUGCUUGGAGACUGACUUCUCACAGCUGCAGGAAGUGAACAGUCAGCAGAGGAAACGCAUCACUGAGAUUCUAAAUACCCUGUUGAAGGACCUGAGUGACUUCAGCAUCAUCUUGGGCAGCGGUGAAAUCAGACUUCCACAUGAUCUCUCUGGUGUGUUAGAGGGAGAGUAUGCCAUGGUGUGUGUUUACAUUAGUAAGGUAAAGUCAGAGUUGAAGUCCCUAGUUAACCGCUGUAGGCAGCUAGAAAACUUGCAGACAGACAGCCAACGCAAAAUGGAGGAGACAGGGAGAGAACUGUCAUCUUGCCAACUGCUCAUAUCACAGCAUGAGGCAAAGAUCCGCUCUCUGACUGAGUACAUGCAGAAUAUGGAGCUGAAGAAGAGGCAGUUGGAGGAGAACUGUGACUGUCUUGUGACUGAGAUCGCAAGAUUACAGAAUGCAGGCAAGCCUGCAACACUACCUACUGUACUACACCAUUUGUGUUUCGGAGUGUGUUCAAUAAUAGCUUCUUUAUUUACAGAGAGCCUUCAAGAAAACCAUCAAGACAACGAGGAGUCUGGGGAACCUAAGCACCGAGGCAAUCAUCUCGAAUCACAGCACAAACAACUUGGACGCCUGCGCGAUGACAUCAACAACAAGCAGAAGAUAAUCGAUGAGCUCACAGAUGAAAAUCAGAGGCUGGUUGUGGAAUUACAGCAGUUGCGUGCUGAGUUUGUAAGCCUGAAAAGUCGAGAGUAUGAGAAGAGUGCCCGGUUGGAAGAGCUGAAAUAUCUCAAUGAACGCCAUGAGCAGGCUAAGCAGGACAUGAAAAGGCUGGAAGAAACUGUUGUGAGUAUUUCACUCUUAGCACAUAAGCCUAAAAUGAAAUCAUGCAACAAUAAUAACCAUGACUCUUACCCCGUCCCCCAACCCCACUACAAGGCUUGUGAACUCCAGAGCUUGCACAACCUGAGGAAGCUUUUUGUUCAAGACCUCACAACUCGAGUUAAACGAAGCUCUGAAAUUGAAAUUGAUGAUAGUGGAUGUUUUUCCACCCAGAAGCAGAAGAUUUCCUUUCUUGAGAACAACUUGGAACAGCUUACAAAAGUACACAAACAGCUGGUGCGUGAUAAUGCAGAUCUGCGCUGUGAACUUCCUAAACUGGAGAAGCGUCUUCACUCUACGGCUGAGCGAGUUCGCGCACUGGAGGGUGCACUGAAAGAAGCCAAAGAGGGAGCCAUGAAAGACCGGCGCCGCUACCAGCAAGAAGUUGAACGCAUUAGAGAGGUCAUGAGAACCAAAAACUUCUUCCAUCGCCCUAAUGCUGCACUGAUUGCCAAACCUGUUCGGCCGGGGCACUACCCUGCAUACUCACAAAUCAAUCACAUGUUCAUGCGCACCAGUGAUCCAAGAAUCGCAUUUAGCAAUGCAUUGUUUCAGAGAGCCAUUCAACCCAACAUAAAGGCUAAAUCAAACAAAGUUCCUGAGGACAGACACAGCACAGCAAAUGAGUCGCUAGACUGCACUCACAAGCUCAGCACUGUCAAUGGUAAACUACUCUGUUUCAAACUGCAGAUUCCAAGUCAAAUGAAUUGCACUAAUUUCAUUACAGCUUUUAUAUUUAACAGCCUAACUUCUGUUUAUAAAUAUAAUUCCUAUUAUAAUUCCUAAUUCCUAUUAUAAAUAUCAUUCAUUUACAAUGUUGGUAUUUAUUCACAGGGAAUACCACCGACAUCAAUGACAACAGGUAGGUCUUAAUAAUUUACUUAAAUACCAUAAAUGAUAUACACAAAAUAUGUUAAUAUCAAGCUUUCUGUUUUUGUUCCUUACCGUCAUGCUCUGCCACUGGAUUGUUCUGUGUGGCUCUAAUAAAAAAAA